UUUGUCAUCUACCAUUGUCAGUUCGGCAGAUAAGCGAUUGAAUGAAGAAAGCAUAAUUAAUGGUGCAAUGAUUGCAAAGGAAGCCGCUUUUGAAACACCACCUCAGGUGAGCAAAAAAUAUGCUGAUCAGCGAUCGGGUCCGGGUAUUUUAAAAAUGAAGAAAAAUUGCUGUGAAUCAUCAAGUGAAGCAAAAUCUACUAAACAGUCAUUUAUGUCGUCGAGCGAUAAGAUUAAUUCGCUUUCAAAAGAUUGCCGUGAUGGUAGCGGAACUGGGGAAGAAAAAAUUAUUAAAGUAACUGCCACAAUAAUAUUACCAACAACAAAAACAGCAGCAAACACUUUAAAAACUUUUGCAACAACAACAACGCAAGUAACUACUAGUGAUUGCUUCAACACAAUAGUUUCGAAUGGAAGCGAGGUUGCAUUGGCCUUAAUAAAUAGUACAAGUGUAGCGUCAAGCUUCGGGCUUGCCUUGAUUCCAAUUAAUACUAGGGCGGCUGCUAAACCUCUUGUGCCCACUAAAUUAGUUAGCACAUUAACAACAACUAAAACCAGUAGCACAGUUUACGGUAAUACAAAUGCUGCAAUCAUAUCGCCUAAUAAUAUAAUGCCAGCAAACUACGCUAAUCAAGGCCAUAACGCUACGAUGGAGACUUUAAAUUAUACACUAACCGCAGCAACUAAAUCUCCCAUUGCAUCUACUAAAGUAGCAACGCUUGAUAGCAAUUCAGGUACAUUAUCUAAUAAUAGGUCAACCAGAGCAACAAGUGCUGCCAGUUCUGCUCAAUCCGUUACGCACACUACAAAAAACUUAAAUCUAUUGCAUGGUGACAAUUCUAAGUUGAAAACAAAGCCUGCAAGAAGUGAACUGUCACAUGCAGCAGCCAAGCUUAUUGAAGAUACUCCAGUAAGUCAAGUAAUUGUUGAGGCGGCCACAACAGUUAACGCAUAUAUUUCAAGUAUCACAACAUCAAGUACAAACUCAAAGUAUAUAAAUUUGAUGCAAAACUCAAAAGCUAUCACUCCAGCAUUAUUUACAAACGUUGCUAACUUAAAUCCAGCAACAGCCCGUGCAGCUACAACAUCCACUAUCAAACCAAGCAGAGCUAGCAAUGAAAAUCAAAAAACUGAAAAAACUUGCAGCGACACUUCGCAAUUAUUCGAAACAGCUACGCGGGCAGACACUUCAAGUAUGACAUCGUCAUUAUUGUCUUCGACUUCAAGAACCUACCCUUCAUCAAAGUCAAAGGCGGCAGCAGAACAAGUUCUCCCAACUAAUCUCAAAAUACAAAAGGCUACAAAUUCAGCUUUUAAUAGCAAAGCGACGGCAACAGCCUUUACAACAGCAACAACAAGCAAGCCACAAACAACAUUUGCCGUAAAAGAAAUUUCCACAAAACCUAUCGCUACUGCGCUUGCGGCCAAUAAAACCACCGUAACAUCAGUUACGAGCAAUAUACAUAACACAGUAACAACAACCGGUACAGUGACUUUUGCAAAAGAUACAGAAACAAUAAUGCCCAACAGUGUGAGCAGAAAGAGCUCAAUAACCGGCUCAACUACGGCGACAACAAACACAGCAGCAAAGCAACCAGACACGUGCACAGAUAUCCUUAACAACUUAACUACAAACAUAGCUGCAACUGUCGCUACUACUACGUCUAAGUAAGCUUCGAUUAUUACAAGAAACAACAACAACUUUCCCAGCAAACGCUAAACAAACGAAUGCCCUUUAAGUUAAGCAAAAAUCACUUCACACUUCAACAGCAAUUCCAAGUUGUUUUGGCAGCCAUGACAAUAGUAACACUACAGUUGGACAAUGGAAGCAAAUCUAACCUAAUAUCAGGAACAGUAUAUAGUAUAUCGAGAGGCGCCACUUCAUCACCUGUAAAUGUAAUGUAAGGGAAAUUAAUCAAAACUUCAGUAAGAACCUAUCGAACUCAUUACUUUGUUGACUACUGUCCAAGACAAGGUCCAAGACUAUUGCUUCAACAUCCACUAGAACGAACCACCUGAAAAGUACGUAAGCAUAGGAAAUAACUUUUUUCAUGUUUAUUGAAAAUUUGUUAAUUCUUUUGUUGUGAAAAAAAAAAAAAUGCUUGCAUACUAUCGCUUGCGAAUACGAAGAAGAAGAGUACAAUGAGAAAGAUUUCAAGUUACUAGAUACUAACAUUGCUUAUGACAUGGAAGUACAAAUGGAAUAUAGAACAAGUUUAUGAAACCUAAGGAAAUAUUAAGAUUAAGGUGUUUUUUGGAAAUCCCUAAGCCCAGCUUCUUAUUUCCCACUAUAUUAUAUUUAAAAAAAAAAUGUUGAACCAUUUAAGUCUACGCAGCUCGGCUGGUUUUUAACUUACUAUAAAAAAUUCUUUCAAAUUUUCCCAUCGCCUUGUUAAUGUUAGGCUAAAAGUUACUAAACAAGAAACACUUUGGAUAAUAAGUAAAAUUAAUAUUUAAGGAAUAAAUAUAUAGCGUAAUUAACAUUUCAGGCAAAUGGCAUUAACAGCCAUAAUAUUUGAAUGACAUAUAUUAUAUAACGCGGUGUAUAGUUAACGAUUCUGAUUAAUUGAUUUCGCUCCAUAUUGCGAAAAUAGACUUAAACUACGCAGCUAAAUGAAAAAAAUCAAAUUUAAAGUUUUUAAUUAAAACCAAAUUAAUGAAAUAAUCAAUCCAGAUCUAUAUCUAAGAUGGCGGACUUAUUUGAACUGAAACAAAGUAUACUCUUGUGCACAUUUAAGAGACUUAGUAAACUUUGUCACCGAAAACAGUUCCUAAAGUAUUUCCGGGACACAUUUUCCGGAAAUCUAACUAAUCAAAAUGACAAUGAUGUACGAUCGUAAGGAGAAAGCAAAUACUGAUCACAUUUAUUACACACCACCACACCCACAACACAUCAAUAUAUAGAAAUUGUAAUAUAUUGUCUUUUUGUCAUAAUAUGUGUUAUGGUUAAGUGAUCGGAAUCUUCUUACUCUGUUACAUUUUACUUAAUUCUGUUUAUUCGAACUUUUAUACGAAUACAUUUUCCAUACAUCAGACAUCAUUUUAGAUCAAUUAUUUAUUCUUAUUUGUAUGCAUUUUAUUGCCACGAGAAGAUCAUGCUCAUCUUUUGGACAAAAAACUAAAUUUAUAUACAUAUAUAUAUAUAUCAAAUGUUUGUCUCUCUCUAUUUUUCCGACCAUCACAGUUCGAAAUCUAUUUAUAUCCAAGGACAGAUGAGCGGCAUAGACACACAAGAAUAUUUAUUCUUUAUGGAAUUUGGGAUAGUUGUUGGUUGAGAACAAAGACUAGUAUUUAUCCAUCCACAGAAUACUGGAGAGUAACGUGAUUUGCUUGCUGCAAAGCGAUUACACUUGACUGCACAAGUUCCUAUUUUCCAAUGUUCUUAUAAGAAAUUUUUCAAUAUGAAUUCAAUCAGCGUGCAAAGGAAAUGAUUUUAAAGUAUGGACGAAAUGAUCUCAUUACCAAUUCUAUAUAAUGAUUGCAAUUAUUUAACCAAAUUAUGGAAUCAAUCAUUGGUCAUAAGGAAAACGAAGCUAUCUUCUCACAACAUUUUUAUGACUUUUUUAGCAAUUUUGCUAAUCCGGAACAACAUCACUAUAAAAUUCUUCAAAGUAGUUAAAGUACAAACACGACAAACCAACAAUUCUCAUGAGUGGCUUUCUUGUGGCUUUUAUAGCUAAUUUCCCAGAUCAAGGCUAAUGGUUUUCUAUUUCUAUUUAUUAUACAACAACAAUAACGUUCGCAAAUCCAAAAAGUAGGAAUCCAUACUUAAUACUUAUACUUGAUCAUUGUCAAAUUCUGAGCUAACCGCCGCAAGUUUUUAUGUGUACAGUCAGGCAAAUGUAACGAUGUAACAAAUGUGGCGAAAAAUGUACUCUCCCGUUACACUGUAACAUUUUACCCUGUGUGUCUAAUGGGAAUUACUGAUCAGAAAAUCCCCAUAUAACUCAUUGCAACAGCAAAAGUAUAUACCAAGGCAUAGUAAGUUCUUACUCUUAAACAAUGCAAUAGGCAGCGUUCUGUAGUAUUUGCUUUGCCUACUCGUCAGUACUGCACCGAUACUUUGCAGUCUUCAAAAUAGAGAUAUAUUCGCCUCGGCUCUCCUCAUUUUGUCAUGGACUUCUUAAAAUAGCUCAGUAGGUUUAUACUACUUGGAUUUCCUUGGAUAUAUAAUAAACGGGCGAAACUAGACGGUAGGCUGUAAGUAUGUGCUUUAGUUUCUGUACAUAAAACCACGAUCAGGUGGAUGCAUACAAUGCAUACAAGUUACAAGAGCAUUUAAACUCUCCAUUGAUUAUUGAAGACCCACCGUGAAAAGAGACUCACUCCUCUUCAUAAGUAGACGUACAAACGCUUAUCAAAUCCAUAGGCAAUAAAAAAUAUAUGAUUUCGUUUAGGUAAAGAGAAUCUAAAUGUUUUUUUGUUCACGUUCAGAUAAAACACGUGAUCUUGACUAAUGAUAUGAAUCAAAAAGUAGGAAUAUUUCAUAUAUAUGCUACUAUUGCAGUUAGUUGCAAUCAUUACUUAUAUCUUAAGUUUGCGAAUCAAAGAUUUCUUACUUAUCAGUUUUCAAAUGCAAAAAAUAAAUUUUUUUUUUUUUUUUUUUGUUUUAAUUUAUAUUAUAUAUGGCAAAGAUAUAUGAUAUGAUAUGAAAUACAGAAGGAUGCGUAAAGUCCUAAGUGUAGCUUCCACAAGCCAUCAGAAUAGUACAAGAAAUUUUCUAUAGCAAACCAUUGCCUAAAAUAUGUUUUUGUGACAAGACGACGAAUUGUUCGCAUAACGAGACAACAUUCAACAUAGUGACCCAAAAUUAAAAUGAAAUGAAGUAAGAUAAUAGGGAAUGAAGCACUACAUAAACAAAAUUAUAAUAAAUUGCAAGCAUAACCUUGAGUUCGUAUGCUUGGAGAUGGACGGCUUACGUCAAAUUGA